CGUCUAUCCGCUGAAAUGGCCUUCUCCGAGCUCGCUUGCAUCUACUCCGCCCUCAUCCUUCACGACGAUGAGGUUACGGUCACGGAGGAUAAAAUCAAUGCCCUCAUUAAAGCAGCAGGUGUAAAUGUUGAACCAUUCCGGCCUGGAUUAUUUGCAAAGGCCCUGUCCAAUGUAAACAUUGCAAGCCUCAUCUGCAAUGUAGGAGUUGGUGGACCUGCCCCAGCAGCUGGUGGUGCUGCCCCUGCUGGAGGGGCUGCUCCUGCUAGCACAGCUGCCCCAGCUGAGGAGAAGAAGAAAGGGGAAGCAGAAAAGGAAGAAUCUGAGGAGUCCGAUGAUGACAUGGGCUUUGGUCUGUUUGACUAGAUAAUUUUUUGUAACAUUAAAUAAAAAG